AUGUCGCAAAGUUGCGAGAAAGUGCUGGGCAAGCUCCAACCGACGGCAAUGGAGGAUCCCAUUCCACUUGAGUUUCCAGGAUCAGAAGCUUCAGAGGAAGGUCCGGACACCGACAGCAUUGGCCAGCUGGUGCAUGGGUGCUUGGCAUUUAUAGAACAGAUGCAGGCGAUAAGGCCAGAAACACUACGUGGAGUCCGCGUUUGGAAGCUAUUGUGUUACUUGCCGUCGGCUUGGCUACGUGGCAAUCUCAAGGAUCUGCACGGAUGGAGUCAGCAGACAGCGCAGUUCGAUCAGUUUUGUUCUCAUAGUUGGCAGGGUUCGCGGUGGACCAAGUAUGGCAACAUGCUUUACCUGCAUAAUUGCAUGCCGGCAAGCAUAGCAGGAACGUUGAGCUCAAGCAUAGCCUGCGGCCUCGUCUCAGCAGGAUAUCUGGGUGUACACGAGAGAUGGUGCCUGCCGUUCGGGAUUGUAGCCUUCUGCAUAACCCUGCUACUCUGGCAUCCGCAAAAGCUGGUGUUUCUGGACAUCGUCUGCAUUCAUCAAAGUGACCAAAGGCGAAAAGGACAAGCACUCUUGAGUAUGGGUGCAUUCUUGAAGCAGUCGAAGUCCAUGCUGGUUCUAUGGGAUCCUACGUGGGUGACCAGACUGUGGUGCAUCUUCGAAAUCGCUGCCUUUCUACACAGCCGCAGUCCCGGUCGCAAGGCAGAUCUUCAGAUCGUUCCUCCCUUGUUCGGGCCAGUGCUUCUGCUACGUGUGGUGCUGACCUGUGCAAUCUGCAUGAUGUAUGACUAUGUGAAUUCCUCCAUGGCUUCUUCGGGAGAGUCAAUGCUCGUGGGGGAACUCUCUUUGGUGGUCCUUGCACUUCAUCUCGUGGUGUUCCUAAGCUUCGCGACGCAUGCUCUGCGAGGUUAUGCCCGCAGUGUUGAGACCCUGCAAGAGCAACUCCGUGACUUCAAGGUCGAGCAUGUCAGAAGCGCUUGCUGCGACCGCGGCCAUGAAAACAACUCUCUUAUAUGCGACCGGGAGGUCCUGUUGCAGUGCAUCGCUGUGUGGUACAAAUCACUGGACAGCUUUGAAAGGCACGUGCAAACUGAAGUGCGGAUGGCCGUCAUCGAUCAGCUUGCCUACAACGCCAUCUCGUAUCAACACAUCUUGCUUGUUUCUACUCCGUGGGUCUGGCUCCGUCUUGGGUAUGCAGCUAGCAACGCAAACGAUCCCAGCCGACAGGUAGUCGAUCUAGCCCAGACACUCACCUAUUUCCUGGCGAUCUUCCCUUUAGUGGACAAAGUCGGCUUCCGCUUGUGCUACCGCCUGCGAGCACGAUGUUGCAAGCCAUACUUGGACUUCUUGCUAUCGAUGGUCACCGUGAUAUGGGCCUUCAUGCUCUAUGUCGCUUGCCACGUGAUCCAGCUCUACGCCUUCCGUGAAAACGACCGGAGACUUCUCCUGAGUGUGAUCUCAAUGCUUACAUGGUGGACGGUCGCGGCCAUCCUGUGGCGGUUCGUUUGA